CACUCGUCAUUUAUCGCUUUACAGAUAUGACGACCUAGAUUCGUGGCCUAUAUUGUGUUCGAGCGCUCACCGGCAUUGACGAUGGCGGACCAAGUUAUCCCCACCCAGGACAGUUUUGGUCGACUGCAGGACGGCACAGAGAUCAACAGGUUUACUUUUAAGAACAAAAAUAAUAUUACUGUGCGAAUAAUAAACUAUGGAGGAAUCAUAACGGACAUCUGUGUUCCUGAUAAAAACGGAAAAGUUGCGGAUAUUAACCUAGGAUUUGAUGACAUCAAAGGGUAUGAAAAACGUCACCCAUACUUUGGGGCGAUAUGUGGAAGAGUGGCUAACAGAAUAGGUGGAGGGAAAUUUACGCUGGACGGGAAAGAGUAUCAGCUUCCGGUAAACAACGGCCCAAACCAUCUACAUGGCGGGGUGAAGGGGUUUGAUAAGGUGGUUUGGAAAGCCAGGGUGGACGAUGACAAUCUCGUUCUGACGUAUGUCAGUCCUGAUGGCGAAGAGCAGUACCCAGGGACGCUAACCACGGAGGUUAGAUACCGACUGACCAAUGACAACCAGCUUAGCAUCGACUACACGGCAACGACGACAAAAGCCACACCCAUCAACCUCACAAACCACGCCUACUUAAACCUAGCGGGACAGGGUUUUCCUAACAUUGAGGAUCACGUGCUUUGGAUUGACGCUUACACAUACACUCCCCUGGAUGAAAACAUCAUUCCAACAGGUGUCAUUGCGCCUGUGGCAGGAACGGCCUACGACCUGCGAACGCCUACGCGGUUAGGCGAUCGUCUAAAACACGUCAACAACGGCAAAGGAUAUGACAUCAACUUCUGUGUCGGGGGACAGCCGGGGAAACUCACACGUGUUGCUAGUUUGGAACACCCGCCCUCGGGACGUAAAAUGGAAGUUUAUACGACUGAACCUGGACUGCAGUGCUACACCGGAUGUAAUAUGGUUACAGGCGUUUUCGGGAAGGGUGGCGUGGAAUACCAGAAGUUUGCCUCUGUUUGUUUAGAAACCCAACAUUUCGCUAACAGCGUCAAUCAGCCAAACUUUCCAAACACGAUCCUUCGCCCAGACCAGACAUACCGUCACACAAGUGUCUACAAAUUCGGACUGACUCUUUAAUGGUUAUUAGAAUUUCUGAAUAUGAAACUUGGAUAAAAUGUAAAAUGAAAUAAAUGAUAUUAAACAAU